UGCUUCUGAAGAUGUCGCGGGCUCAAAAUAAGGACAAAAAAUUGGCGGUUUUGGAAAUAGUGAAAAAGAAAAAGGAUAUUUUAUUUGGGGCAUUUCAAAAUAAUGCUAUAAAUAAAAUUGAAAAAGAGGCUGCUUGGAAAGAAGUGUUAAAGAAAGCGCAAUUCCUUGGUUUAGCUUCUGCUAGCCGUGAGUGGACUUACGCUCGGGACCAUUUAUUUGGUCUUUGGAAGAGCCGCACACUAGCAAAGAAAUCGAAAAGAAACCAUACCUCAGUGGUGUACAACCCAGUAGACAACUGUAUACUGGACAUUUUGAGAAAUGAGUCGCCUGCCGUGGUCAGGCUUAGCCUCCCGGAGAGCGAUGGCGUGAAAUCCAAUAUAGAGCCACAAACUUCAAUAACCAAACCAGCACUCACCUCAAAUAAAACAGCCGCCUCACAAGGAAAAAAACGAAAACGCGAGAGUUGCGAUGAAGUAAAACGGCUGAAAAUUGCAAUACUUGAGACCGAACUAUACAAAAAUAAACUACAAAUUUUAGAAUUAGAAAAAAAGCUGGGUGUUAAGCGGUCCAAAUUUACUUCAAAUUUAUUGAGAGACGGAUGAUGAAGACAAGUUCGAAGAAGGAGAAGAAGAAGAAGA